AACUCGUUCUUCAAAGAGCAAAGAGCAGAGGAAUAUCGACUGUAAUAAUCUCUUCCUGCAAAACCCUUACUGUCGUCUCUUGCACAAAACAAAUUCAUCUUGUUUGUUGGGGUUUAAUCUUGCUGGGUUCAGUUAAAGGCUGAAAAUUGCAAUUCCAAAUUUUUGUGAUCGUAUUAAUAUAUUGUUGUGGCUAAUAUAAUACUACUAGGUUAGGCUGUUUAUUUUGCUGAAUUAAUAAAUAUCUAUUCAAAACAUCUUAAUUAACGGAGAAGAAGCUUGAAUAUAUAUUCUAAUCACAUAAAUGGAGUCAAGAGAACAAAGUAAUCGUAGUAAUCCUCGAUUGAUCUCAGAAUCCUUGACGCGGCCUUCAGCUAUCGUCAUCGGUGGUGGAUUUGCAGGUAUUGCGGCUGCUCGAGCACUUCAUGAUGCCUCGUUUCAGGUUGUUCUGUUGGAAUCGCGAGAUAGAAUUGGUGGUCGAGUCUGCACCAACUACUCAUUUGGUUUUCCAGUUGACAUGGGUGCAUCCUGGUUGCAUGGUGUAUGCGAAGAAAACCCUUUAGCCCCAUUAAUCGGAAGACUAGGACUUCCAUUGUACCGAACGAGUGGAGACAACUCUGUCUUAUAUGAUCACGAUUUAGAAAGUUAUGCACUCUUCGAUGCCGAUGGAAAUCAAGUUCCUCAAGAACUAGUAACAGAGGUUGGCAAGAUAUUUGGGACCAUUUUAAAAGAGACAGAAAAAGUAAGGGAAGAAAACAGUGAAGACAUGUCGAUACUUAAAGCGUUCUCCAUUGUUUUAGAAAGGCGACCUGAUUUAAGGCAACAAGGGACUGCUCACAAUGUGCUGCAGUGGUACUUGGGCAGAAUGGAAGGUUGGUUUGCUGCAGACGCAGAUUCCAUUUCGCUUAAAUAUUGGGAUGAGGUAAAGCUUCUGUCAGGUGGUCAUGGACUGAUGGUUCGAGGUUAUCAUCCAGUUAUCAAUACUCUUGCCAAGGGUCUUGAUAUUCGCCUAAACAGGAGCCUCAGAGUCACGAGUAUUUCACGGCGUCGUAGUGGAGUCAAAGUUAGUGUUGAAGAUGGGUCGACGUUCACAGCUGAUGCAUCAAUUGUGGCUGUUCCUCUUGGCGUUUUGAAGUCCAAGAAAAUAUCUUUCGAGCCCAAAUUACCACAGUGGAAAGAAAAAGCUAUUUCUGAACUAGGAAUUGGAACGGAGAAUAAGAUAGCUUUGCAUUUUGCAAAGGUUUUCUGGCCUAACGUAGAGUUCUUGGGAGUGGUUGCUUCAUCUUCUUAUGGAUGCAGCUACUUCCUCAAUCUUCACAAAUCUACAUCCUACCCUGUCUUGGUUUACAUGCCAGCAGGGAGAUUGGCACAAGAUAUUGAAAAAAUGUCCGACAAAGAUGCCGCAAAUUUUGCCUAUAUGCAACUAAAGAAAAUCCUUCCCGGUGCAUCUGAGCCGAUCAAUUACCUUGUUUCCCACUGGGGAACUGAUAUAAAUUCACUUGGUUCCUAUAGCUACCAUACAGUUGGAAAAUCCAAUGAUCUGUAUGAGAGAUUAAGGAUCCCCGUUGAUAAUAUCUUCUUUGCUGGGGAAGCUACAAGCAUGAGAGUCUUAGAACGGUACGGGGAGCUGGAUUUGCACAAUUUAGCCAUGGACGAGGAAAUGUCUACUUCUCUAGCUGUACCGCUCCCCAUUUCUCGUAUGUGAAGAUUGCAUUUUAUGUGAUGCUGGGGGAAACAAAACAAAAAUAACCUUCUUGUUGUUCCCUAUCAUGUAGUCUAAAUAUAUUCUUCUGUAUAGUGUAGGUUACUUACUCGAAGAACAUCUAGCGGCACAUUUACAUUAGAACCUAGAUGUGGUAUGAAUUGUAUCAAGUUGUUAGUAAUUGAACUAAUGUUUGAACUUUGGAUAUUUAAAGGGAUGGUAUUAGUUUCCCUUCUUGUAAGUAAAAAAAUAUGUGAAGGUAUCAUCAGUAUCACUGAUGUUUGAGCUUUUGAUA